AUGUGGAAAGAUUCAUUACAAGAUCUACAGGACAUCAGGAUACCUAGAGCGUACUCACCUACCACCUUGUCUACCGCACAGAAGAGAGAACUUCAUUUUUUCUCUGACGCUUCAGUAAAGGCUAUCGCUGCCGUAGGCUACCUCAAAGUAAUUGACAGCGAUGGAGGGUGCCACGUCGGUUUUGUCCUGGGAAAGGCGAAACUAGCACCUCCAUCCGCCCACACUAUUCCAAGACUGGAAUUGGGAGCUGCUGUACUCGCAGUGGAAAUGGCAGAAUUGGUACAGAGAGAGCUGGACAUUUGUAUUGACACAAUGCAUUUCUACACAGACAGCAGAGUCGUCCUGGGAUACAUCUACAACCAGACCAGGCGAUUCUACGUGUACGUCUGCAACAGGGUGCAGCGAAUCAGAAGGUCAACCAAACCAGAUCAGUGGCACUACGUCCACACAGCUCAAAACCCAGCAGAUCAUGCUACACGAUCAGUUCCUGCAAUGGAGCUAACGAACACUACAUGGCUGACAGGAUCCACCUUUUUGUACCUGCCUGAUGAAGUUCCCAGCUCUGAAACGGAACAUCACAAGCUCGUCGACCCAGACACUGACAGCGAGGUACGUUCCCAUGCUACAGCACUCUCCAUUCCUCAUUCUAAGCUGGGAUCUCAUCGGUUUGGGCGAUUUUCCACAUGGAAGUCACUAGUACGGGCUAUCGCUUCCAUAACCAACAUGCUGGAACGUAAAAGAACACCAGUCACAACUGACGAUAUCACUAAACCCUGUACAGCACAACAACUAUCAAAAGCAGAGACUCUCAUAAUUAGUUGUGUACAAAGGGAGACUUACAGAACUGAGCUCGACUGCUUGGCUGAUAGGAAAAACAUUCCAAAAGACAGUCCCCUAAGAAAGCUGGACCCUUACAUGGAUGAAAAGGGACUUUUGAGGAUAGGAGGAAGGCUAAAGCAUGCCACACUGGACAUUGGAGAGCAGUUUCCUAUUAUCAUUCCAGCCCACAACCAAAUUGGGAAGCUCCUUGUGAGACACUACCACCAAAAGGUCAAACAUCAGGGUCAUGUCUUCACAGAAGGAUCCAUCCGUACAGCAGGAUACUGGAUCGUUGGUGUUAAACGGUGCAUCAACAGCAUUCUCCACAAAUGUGUGGUUUGCAACAAACUUCGUGGAAGGACUGCUGAACAGAAAAUGGCGGAUCUUCCCCCUGACCGUCUGUGCACAGAGCCACCUUUUACCUAUGUGGGACUUGAUGUGUUCGGUCCCUGGUCUGUCACCACGAGACGAACCCGUGGAGGUCAAGCUGAAAGCAAGAGGUGGGCAGUGCUCUUUACGUGCAUGAGCACGCGUGCCGUGCACAUUGAACUCAUCGAAUCAAUGGAAACAUCAAGUUUCAUCAACGCUUUACGUCGAUUAUUUGCACUGAGAGGACCCGCAAAGCAGAUUCGUUCCGACUGUGGGACAAACUUCGUUGGUGCCUGCAAGGAGUUGCACAUGGUCCUUACAGAUCCUAAAGAGCCCAAUGUCAGGAAGUAUUUGGGUGAGGAAGGGUGUACGUGGAUUUUCAACCCGCCUCAUUCCUCCCAUAUGGGGGGAGCCUGGGAACGCAUGAUUGGAGUCUCCAGAAGAAUCCUGGACUCCAUGCUUCAAGAAUCCAGCCGAUCUCAUCUCACUCAUGAAGUGUUGUCUACGCUAAUGGCAGAAGUAACAGCGAUCAUUAACGCCAGACCACUCACACCGAUCUCCUCAGACCCGGAAUCUCCUUUCCUUCUGACCCCUGCUUCGCUAUUGACGCAGAAGUUGUGCACUCUCCCUGCCCCUCCUGGAACGUUUGACAACAAGGAUCUCUACCGCCAGCAGUGGAGGAAGGUGCAGCAUCUCGCCAACACCUUUUGGCACAGAUGGAGGCGUGAAUACCUUCCCACACUUCAAAAUCGCGACAAGUGGCAAGAUGUCAAGCCUAAUCUGAAGGAGGGUGACCUCGUGUUGCUCAAAGACAAUCAAGCUAAGAGGAACGAGUGGCCCCUGGCUCUUGUCACAAAGACUUUCCCCGACCAGGACGGGAAGGUCAGGAAGAUAGAACUCAAGGUCACAAGAUCUGGAUCUGCAAAGACUUUUCUGAGGCCUGUCUCUGAGACAGUCCUUCUUUUGGCAGCUAAUGAUACAGACUAAGUUAAGUUAGGUUUCUGUAAUUUGUAUCAAGCAUGUUCCUACUGCAGUUCGAAAUAGUGGUAUAGUAUUUAUACCAGGCGGGGAGUGUGACGUAACAUAAUCAGGUAAUAAGAAGGGACCUUUAUUUUGAAGGCGAGUUGCUCCCUCCUCUAGUUUCCGGUAGUGUCCGCACGACAGUCAGACACUCGUUUACACACAAGACAGGUGUACGUGUUUCAGCACUCCAAGUUUGUUGUUUCUUCCCACAAAGUGCCUUGGAAACAUUGUCUGUAAGUCCUGUGUCCGUUUUAUUAGUGACAUGAAGACGUUGUGUGUGCGUGUAAAUGUAGAAAUAGUACUGUGCAACGAUAGCUUGUUCUACUGUUUAGCUUGUUGCUACUUAGCAUGUAGCUUCUUUGCUCGCUAGCUCACUCCUCUAAGGGAGGGUGCAAUGUUUGUAAAUGUCAAUCUUAUUCAUGUGUGGCUUUGAGUGUUACAGGGGCUAUUUACAUCACUUUAUGAGCACUGUUUACAUGCUAUUGUAUGGGCUGUGUGUGUAUGUGUGAAAACAUGUUAUGCAGCAAACAUUUAUGGAAAUGUAGUUAUUUAGUAGUGUGUAUUUCACAUAUAGUUUGUGUCUCUUUAUACAGUUUUACAACAAAAAGGAGAAGAUAACAAAAGCAAAAAUACAUUCAAAGAAAAGAGAAAAACAAAGAAAGAAAUGACCAAUUAGACAAGAAGAAAGGAAAAGUGCAUUC